CCCUCCCCCUUCCCCCGCGUCCUUGCCGUGCCGUCGCUCUCGUCGGAAUGAUGGCCUCCGAAGGCGGUGAAUCGGAUGAUAUUGGACGGUGGAAAAGACCCGAUUCCAAGCCCCAUUUUAUAAGCCCGCUUCACACGACAGUGGCCGCAACAACCCCCAACCGCUCCCCUCCCCCUCCCACUCCCCCUUCCCCCGCGUCCUUGCCGCCGCCGUCGCUCUCGUCGGAAUGAUGGCCUCCGAAGGCGGUGAGGACUACCGCCUGACGCGGAUCGCGUCCGCCAUACGCGUCAUUCCCGACUUUCCCAAGCCCGGUAUCAUGUUUCAAGAUAUCACGACCCUGCUGCUCGAUCCCAAGGCGUUCAGGGAUACCAUCGAUAUAUUCGUGGAGAGGUACAGAGAUCAAGAGAUCACGGUUAUCGCAGGUGUCGAAGCAAGAGGAUUCAUAUUUGACCCUCCCAUUGCGUUAGCUAUAGGAGCAAAGUUUGUUCCUAUGAGAAAGCCAAAGAAGCUUCCUGGGAAAGUUAUUUCUGAGGAAUACUCCCUAGAAUAUGGUACAGACAGAAUGGAAAUGCAUGUAGGAGCUGUACAGCCAGGGGAUCGAGCCCUUGUCAUUGAUGAUUUAAUUGCAACUGGAGGGACAUUAUCUGCUGCAAUCAGGCUCCCGGGUUCAGAUGGGAUAAUGAAUGUAUACUGCAUCCAUAAGUUGGACCAACCGUCUAAUGGGUCAGGAUUUGUUGAACUGGAUCUGACCAUUGUGGGUUUUGAGUUGGAUCGAGUAGGACAAAAUGGGUUAUGUCGGAGCGUGUCGGAGCUGAAGUGGUUGAAUGAAUUGCCAGAGCUAAAGGGACGUGAGAGGUUAUUUCUUUUGUUAAAGCGGCAUAGUUUGUUCGGAGGCUUCCUCUGAUAGGUAGGUCAGUUGAGAUUGGCCAAGUGCACAUUAUUUGUUUCAUCCAUUUACAAACAGUUGUAAUGUGAUGAUGAUAGCUUUUGUUGAACAAAAUCAGGAGCUGCUCCCAAUUACAAGUGUGUUUUGCAGCUCAGAGUUAACGAGAAGUCCAGUCUUUUUAAUCUA